GUUACCAUUAAUUACAGUUCAAAUAGAGUUGCAUUCCCUGUUAGCCGGCCGAUAAGGAUUGUGUACCAAUGUACAUAUAUCGAUCUGUUGUUGUUUGCCAUUUAUCAAACAUCAAUCGACAUGGACGGCUAUCGUAUCGAGCUCCACUCGAGUCAGUCAAGUGCCAGUUGUCGAAGCCAAGCAGUCCGGAUUCGCGCCUGCAGCUGUCAGAGCUCGGGAAUCGCAAUAGAAGUCAUCGCCAUGAAUCUGCCGCACGGACUGUCAAAAUCCCUACUUCCAUUCACGGUGCUCGGCGUCGUCUUAAUGUCAGCAGCCUUCUCGAAUGCGCUCGAUUGCUAUGUGUGCACCUAUUUGAACGCUUACAGUGAUACCUCCUGUCUGAAGAACGCCAGUGCUGUUACUGUGCUCAACUGCACCAAGAAAUACUGUGUGACAAUGCGCGUGGAAAUGCGGCGCAACUCGAGCAAGGUGAUGUCCUUCCAGCGCGACUGCCGGGACAAGCCGAUAAUGCUGUAUGGCAAUAAGCCAGAUGAAACGUUUCGCACUUAUUUCACAUCCUGCCAACAGGACCUCUGCAAUGGACACGAUGGUCGGGUUAGGAACUCGACAAAUGGAAGUAGUGGGAGUGGCAUACACAACGCUAUUAUUCCUGGAAAAAGUCCUGGUCAGGUCGUGUUUCUUAGCCCCUGGAUAGCUAUCGUUUUGAUUAUCGUGGCACUUUGCCAGUUACCAUAGUGAAUAGAAAGCUUUCAAUACCCUA